AUGCCUCACAAAACAUCUCUGCAGGCUAUGCCCGCCAUGUUGGGUCUUCUGUCCCCGGCAGGCCGCCAGUCAUUCAACAACUCUCCUACUGCCGCUACCGAGUCCUCUCCUUCAGUAACAGCCCUGCCGCCAUUGGCCUCCGCUCAAUACGUUCAGCAAUGCCAUACCGUCAUGAGCCAACAGCGAAAGAUGUUCGAGUCGGAAAGAGAAUUGUGGAGCAUUGAGAAACAAGGGCUCAUACAACGCAUCACCGACCUCGAGGAGUCCUUACAGCAUCUGCAGGACGUUCACAGUGAGCUUGCGUCACACAAUAAAGGCAAAAGCGCUCAAAACAGAGGCUGGGAUGAGACCAGCACCUACCGCUCAAGACCCAGUAGUUCGAGCACUGUGGGAGAGGAGCUGGUCAAACUUAGCAAUACAGGCAUGACACCUACGCGGAGAUUCUCAGAGUCUUUUGAGCCUGGAAAAGCUACGCAAAAACUCUCUAGCAUAAACGAAGACAGCACGCAGGAUCGACACGUAUCCAUCUGCACUAAGACCGAGAAUAUCCCGACCGAUGCUUCUAUGGCGCACAAAUCUACCAUUGCAGGGGCAGACAUCGACAAAGACCUCGAUGGCAUAACAUUCAAAGCGUCCGCGAUCGACCCCAACAUCGUCAAAUCCGUCUUCUCUUCCGGAUCCGCUUCGCCAAUGACGUCAGCUGAAACAGAACGCGCUAUAAAUAAAGGCUAUUCACUAUUCAAGGAACCCGAUUCAUCGGCGUCGGACGAGCUGAACGAGCCGAAUCGGACACUUAAUGCAGGUCAUACGCCUAUCUCAGAGCAUCCGCAUCUUCUGCUCUCGGCAGACGGUGCAAGUAGUAGGCCGGGCAGUGCCAUCGCUAGCCCAGACCCAGCACCGGUCAAACGACCUUCGGAGCGCCGCGACUCCUACUUCCCCAACGUGCAUCCCGACACCUCUCUGCAGCAGCCAGAACCAGAUGAAGACCCGGCGCUCAAGGGCCCUCUUGGUCUGACCGACGACUCAGCAGAGAACACAAAGUUCCUCGACAAUCUGCAGAGAAGACUAUCGCAGGAGGCAGAGAAGAGCAACACUAGCGAAGAAAUCCAGGAGGCUACGGGUGAGAGUUGCAGUGCUUCGCGAGGGGAGGAAGAAGAGGGUGGGGAGCCCAAGUUGAAGAUCAAACGGAGUCUGAAUUUCGGGAGUCAAUUGGGAGGCGGAAGUCUUUAA